GUCUUCAUCGAUGAACAAUAUGGAAACAUCCUGAAACUCCUUGGGAAUCUCAACAAAUUAAUGGGAUUCGCUCUCCGCAAACAGAGAAAUUGGUCUAUGGAUAAUUUGCUACAGGUGUGAAGAAACAUCAUCUGCAGAAAUCCAGAGCACUUACUGAACUUUGGGUUCCUCUGGAGGAGCAGAACUGAUGAAGGGGUUUUCAUAGGAUUGGCAAAUACGUUGCCUAUGUAGAGCAUAGAGACCCCACUGGAGAGCUAGAAACAACCUUCAUGUCCGCAGCUUGACUCCAGAGAUGACUCUCCUUGGAAUUCUCUUCUCUUACUGUUUGAACUCCAGAAGGACCAACCCCAGAUAAAUUAUGAAUGUUGAACAAGAUGACCUUACAUCCACAGCAGAUAAUGAUAGGUCCUAGGUUUAACAGGGCCCUAUUUGACCCCCUGCUUGUGGUGCUGCUGGCUCUUCAACUUCUUGUGGUGGCUGGUCUGGUGCGGGCUCAAACCUGUCCUUCCGUGUGCUCCUGCAGCAACCAGUUCAGCAAGGUGAUUUGCGUUCGGAAAAACCUACGUGAGGUUCCGGACGGCAUCUCCACCAACACGCGGCUGCUGAACCUCCAUGAGAACCAAAUCCAGAUCAUCAAAGUGAACAGCUUCAAGCACUUGAGGCACCUGGAAAUCUUACAGUUGAGUAGGAACCAUAUUAGAACCAUUGAAAUCGGAGCCUUCAAUGGUCUGGCGAACCUCAACACUCUGGAACUCUUUGACAAUCGUCUUACUACCAUCCCGAAUGGAGCUUUUGUAUAUUUGUCUAAACUGAAGGAGCUCUGGUUGCGAAAUAACCCCAUCGAAAGCAUUCCUUCUUAUGCUUUUAACAGAAUCCCUUCUUUGCGCCGAUUAGACUUAGGGGAAUUGAAAAGGCUUUCAUACAUCUCAGAAGGUGCCUUUGAAGGUCUGUCCAACUUGAGGUAUUUGAACCUUGCCAUGUGCAACCUCCGGGAAAUCCCUAACCUCACACCGCUCAUAAAACUAGAUGAGUUAGAUCUUUCUGGGAAUCAUUUGUCUGCCAUCAGACCUGGUUCUUUCCAGGGGUUGAUGCACCUUCAAAAACUGUGGAUGAUACAGUCCCAGAUUCAAGUGAUUGAGCGGAAUGCCUUUGAUAACCUUCAGUCACUAGUGGAGAUCAACCUGGCACACAACAAUCUAACAUUACUGCCUCAUGACCUCUUCACGCCCUUGCAUCAUCUAGAGAGGAUACACUUACAUCACAACCCUUGGAACUGUAACUGUGACAUACUGUGGCUCAGCUGGUGGAUAAAGGACAUGGCCCCCUCCAACACAGCUUGCUGUGCUCGGUGUAACACCCCUCCUACUCUGAAAGGGAGGUACAUAGGGGAGCUCGACCAGAACUACUUCACAUGCUACGCCCCGGUGAUUGUGGAGCCUCCCGCAGACCUCAAUGUCACGGAAGGCAUGGCAGCCGAGCUCAAGUGUCGGGCCUCCACGUCCCUGACCUCCGUAUCUUGGAUUACUCCCAACGGAACAGUCAUGACCCACGGGGCGUACAAGGUGCGGAUAGCUGUGCUCAGUGAUGGCACGUUAAACUUCACGAACGUCACCGUGCAGGAUACAGGUAUGUACACAUGUAUGGUGAGUAAUUCUGUUGGAAAUACCACCGCUUCCGCUACGCUGAACGUUACGGCAGCCACCACUACUCCCUUCUCGUACUUCUCAACCGUCACAGUAGAGACGAUGGAACCUUCUCAGGAUGAGGCGCGGACCACCGACAACAACGUGGGCCCUACUCCAGUGAUCGACUGGGAGACCACCAACGUGACCACCUCUCUCACGCCCCAGAGCACAAGGUCGACCGAGAAAACGUUCACCAUCCCAGUGACUGACCUGAACAGUGGGAUCCCGGGGAUCGACGAGGUCAUGAAGACGACCAAAAUCAUCAUUGGGUGUUUCGUGGCCAUCACACUCAUGGCCGCAGUGAUGCUGGUCAUCUUCUACAAGAUGAGGAAGCAGCACCAUCGGCAAAACCACCACGCGCCAACGAGGACUGUUGAGAUCAUUAACGUGGAUGAUGAGAUCACAGGGGACACGCCCAUGGAGAGCCACCUGCCCAUGCCUGCCAUUGAGCAUGAGCACCUGAAUCACUACAACUCCUACAAAUCCCCCUUCAACCACACAACGACAGUUAACACAAUCAAUUCAAUACACAGUUCAGUGCAUGAACCGUUAUUGAUCCGAAUGAACUCUAAAGACAAUGUACAAGAGACCCAAAUCUAAACCAUUGACAGCGUUACAGAAAACAAACAGUUGAAAAAACAAAGACAGUUUAUUAAAAAUGACACACAUGACUGGGCUAAAUCUACUGUUUCAAAAAAGUGUCUUUACAAAAAAAAAACAAAAAAGAAAAGAAAUUUAUUUAUUAAAAAUUCUAUUGUGAUCUAAAGCAGACAAAAUGAUGUGUAUUCCUCAGAACCUGUUUUUGCUGCACUUCUUUACUAUUUCCCCACAUCUCGUCCCUCCCUCCCCUGAUUGCCAUAUUUUUCAUAGGAGAUCUCAAUUCCUUAAAGAACUGGUCUAGGAAAUUUUGUAAGAAUUCUGUUACACUCUGAGAUUUUUAUGGUGAAUUCUAGUGGUGAGAUCCAGUCUAUUUUGUCUCUCUCUUUUCUUUUUUCUUUUUCCCUCAUGCCCUUAUGAAAUAGUCCAAUGGGGAAUGCAAUAUUAGAAAUAGAUUUUUAAGAGAGAAUGAGGAAAAAAAAAACGCAAGAUCUUAUAUUUUUCAUGUAAUGAUCUGUUCUGUAUUUAUGAGGAGGACCAUUCUAUGGAGAAGGAAAAAAAAAAAAAAGUAAGCAAACCACAGAUUAAUUUACAUAUGAGCAUCUAUAAAACCCAUGACUUUUAAACAACUCUAGAACCAGAAUUUGUAGUUCAAAGCUAAAACUAAGAUUAUAAAUAAAAUAUUGUUGGUUUUUCUGUACCUGGACACAACUCAUUUGUAGUAUGGUUCAAAUGUGAGAAACUUGAAGAUAAUUAGAUUUGCUCCAAUUAAAGAAAGAAAAUAUUGCAGUAUUCGUUAAUCACACAUCAGUCUUUCCAGGGUCCUAUUUGACGACUAGACUUGUAGUCGCCAAUCUAUAUUCAAGGAGUCUGUGGUAUUUUUUUCCCCCUUCUUCCUAGGGUACCAUUUGUACAAUGCUCAGGUUCCAAAAUAAUGAUUUUGUGAGGUAAAUUAAAUUCCACUUGGAAGAAAGUUUCGGUAUACUUUAUUAACUGUUUCCUGAGUAAAAUUCCAUCCGCUAUAUGACAUAUAACCAUGAAAUGUGAAAGUAUUCUAAAUUAUCUAGAGUUGAAAAAACAAGGUUAGUGUUGAGCAUUAGCUAAUUCAGUUCAAUUUGACAGUAAUUAUUGAAGACCUACUGUGUGGUGAACAUCGAAACACUGAUGUUUAUAUUGGGGGUAUACAAUUGAC